GCUACGACCCUGGAUGAGAAGAUUGAGAAAGUGAGACAGAAAAGGAAAUCCCAGGAAAGAGAAGCUAAACGAGCCAAAGCGGGAGAUGAAGAUGCGGAGACUGAGGAUAAUCAAGCCAGAAAAAGGGAGUGUGAGGAUUUCAGUAGGGAAGAAGAAGAAGAUGGGGCGUCUGAGUACUCCUUGGAUGAUGAAACGCUCCUCACAAAAGCAGAUACGGUCAGAGUGAAGGGACCGAGGAGACCGAAAAAAGGAGAACUGGAAGCAGAGAGCUUUUUUGAAGACGCCUCUCACUAUGAUGAUAACUUGUCAUUCCAGGACAUGAAUCUUUCACGACCUUUGCUGAAGGCAAUCACAGCUCUUGGCUUCAAGCAACCAACCCCCAUUCAGAAGGCUUGUAUCCCGGUGGGUCUUCUGGGGAAGGAUAUUUGUGCCUGCGCUGCCACUGGGACAGGUAAAACAGCUGCCUUCAUCCUGCCUGUCCUCGAGCGCCUGAUUUACAAACCUCGUCAGGCUCCAGUAACACGGGUGUUGGUUCUAGUGCCAACACGAGAACUGGGCAUUCAGGUGCACGCUGUCACCAAACAGCUGGCGCAGUUCAGCACUGUCACGACUUGCCUUGCUGUGGGUGGCCUAGAUGUGAAGACCCAGGAGGCAGCUCUGCGCUCUGGGCCUGACGUUCUGAUCGCCACACCUGGGCGGCUCAUCGACCAUCUCCACAACUGCCCUUCUUUCCACCUGAGCAGUGUGGAGGUGCUGAUUUUGGAUGAAGCAGACAGGAUGCUGGAUGAGUACUUUGAGGAACAGAUGAAGGAGAUAAUCAGGUUGUGUUCCAACCACCGCCAGACAAUGCUGUUCUCUGCCACCAUGACCGAGGAGGUGAAAGAUUUGGCUUCUGUUUCCCUGAAAAAUCCCACCCGCAUUUUUGUGAACAGCAACACGGAUGUUGCCCCUUUCCUGCGGCAGGAGUUUAUCCGGAUCAGACCCAACAGAGAGGGGGACCGGGAGGCCAUUGUAGCAGCCCUGCUGACGCGAACCUUCCCAGACCACGUGAUGCUCUUCACCCAGACCAAGAAGCAGGCUCAUCGGAUGCACAUCCUGCUUGGGCUGAUGGGUCUGCGCGUUGGGGAGCUUCACGGGAACCUCUCUCAGGCACAGCGGCUGGAAGCGCUCAGGCGCUUUAAGGAUGAGCAGAUUGAUGUUCUGGUAGCUACAGACGUGGCUGCACGUGGACUCGAUAUUGAAGGCGUUAAAACGGUGAUCAACUUCACCAUGCCCAACACCACCAAACACUACGUCCACCGUGUGGGGCGGACAGCAAGAGCAGGCAGGGCUGGGCGCUCGGUUUCGCUUGUGGGGGAGGAAGAGCGCAAGAUGCUGAAGGAUAUCGUGAAGAGUGCCAAGACACCCGUGAAAGCCAGAGUUCUCCCCCAAGAUGUCGUACUGAGAUUUCGAGAGAAGAUCGAGAAUCUGGAGAAAGACGUGUACGCGGUUCUGUGCUUGGAGCGUGAGGAGCGUGAGAUGCAGCAGUCAGAGGCUCAGAUCAACAGGGCGAAGAAGCAGCUGGAGACAGGAAAACAGGAGACUGGGGGUGAGGGUUUGGAGCGGAGCUGGUUCCAGACCCGUGAGGAGAGGAAGAAAGAGAAAUUGGCUAAAGCCCUGCAGGAGUUUGACCUUGCGUUACGGGGCAAGAAGAAAAGGAAGAAGUUUAUGCAGGAGAGACAGAAAAACGCCCAGAUGACGCCAGAGGAGAGGUCACAGUUUGAAAUCCUGAAGUCUCAAAUGUACGCCGAGCGGCUGGCAAAAAGGAAUCGCCGAGCAAAGCGAGCCAGAGCCGUGCCGGAAGAGGAACCAGCAGCGGUGCCAGCAGGCCCCAGGCGGAAGAAAAAGCUGUCAGUGUUUGACGAGGAGCUUACCAACACAAGCAGGAAGGCGCUGAAGCAGUACCGUGCCGGCCCAUCAUUUGAAGAUCGAAAACGCUUGGGUAUGGCCCAGCACAGGAAGGGAGGAAACUUCAAAUCCAAGUCCAGGUACAAGAGGAAGUAA